AUGAGACCGAGCCCUCCUCCCUGCAGCACUAGUACUUCUCACAGUACUCCUCACAGUACUUCUCACAGUACUUCUCACAGUACUCCUCACAGUACUUCUCACAGUACUCCCAGCAGCAGUAUCAGCAGUAUCCAGGCGCAGAGGCAGCGGUGGGAGCAGAGGUGCAUCAGGACGUCCACAGAGCUGCUGCAGACAGAGAGAACCUACUGUGCUCAGCUGAGGCUCGUCACCACGUACUUUGUGGAGCUCCUGGAGGCUAAAGGAACUCUGAAAGCAGACGUGAGAAAGAAGGUCUUCAGCUCCAGCCGAGAGAUACACAACCUGAACCAGUCUCUGCUGGUUCAUUUGGAGAAUGGGUUUUUGAGCCGAGGUUUUGAUCAGUUCUGUUCAGAACUUCAUCACUACAAGCAGUAUGCAGAUGACUUCUACGACUCCCAGAGGGCGCUACGGACGCAGGUGAAAAAGAGCAAAGCGUUUCGUCGCUUUAAGAAGCUUCAAGAAGGUCGUGUGGAGUUUAAUGAACUGAAGCUGGAAGACCUACUGGAACUACCCCUGACCAGGGCUAUACAGUACCAUGUGUUCUUGGAGGAGCUGACCUCUAACACCAGCCCACAGCACCAGGACUUCACUGCGCUCUCACGAGUGGUUGUGUUGCUGUCCGACCUCAGCCUCAGGAUCAGAGAGAACAGUCGACGUGAAGAGAACUUACUUUAUCUGCAGAACAUCCAGAGAGUCCUGAGACCAAAGACCAGGAUCAUCCAACCAGGUGAGAGCAGAGACCAGGUGAGAGCAGAGACCAGGUGGAGGAGCAGAGACCAGGUGGAGGAGCAGAGACCAGGUGGAGGAGCAGAGACCAGGUGGAGGAGCAGAGACCAGGUGGAGAAGCAGAGACCAGGUGGAGGAGCAGAGACCAGGUGGAGGAGCAGAGACCAGGUGGAGGAGCAGAGACCAGGUGGAGGAGCAGAGACCAGGUGGAGGAGCAGAGACCAGGUGGAGGAGCAGAGACCAGGUGGAGGAGCAGAGACCAGGUGGAGGAGGAGCAGAGACCAGGUGGAGGAGCAGAGACCAGGUGGAGGAGCAGAGACCAGGUGGAGGAGCAGAGACCAGGUGGAGGAGCAGAGACCAGGUGGAGGAGCAGAGACCGGGUGGAGGAGCAGAGACCGGGUGGAGGAGCAGAGACCGGGUGGAGGAGCAGAGACCGGGUGGAGGAGCAGAGACCGGGUGGAGGAGCAGAGACCGGGUGGAGGAGCAGAGACCGGGUGGAGGAGCAGAGACCGGGUGGAGGAGCAGAGACCGGGUGGAGGAGCAGAGACCGGGUGGAGGAGCAGAGACCGGGUGGAGGAGCAGAGACCGGGUGGAGGAGCAGAGACCGGGUGGAGGAGCAGAGACCGGGUGGAGGAGCAGAGACCGGGUGGAGGAGCAGAGACCGGGUGGAGGAGCAGAGACCGGGUGGAGGAGCAGAGACCGGGUGGAGGAGCAGAGACCGGGUGGAGGAGCAGAGACCGGGUGGAGGAGCAGAGACCAGGUGGAGGAGCAGAGACCAGGUGGAGGAGCAGAGACCAGGUGGAGGAGCAGAGACCAGGUGGAGGAGCAGAGACCGGAGGCUCCGAGGGCAAACUGCAGCUGUUCUUCCUCAUGUCGGACGUGUUGCUGCAGACGCGUCGCUCUAGCGCCCUCUCUCUGUCCGGUGGUGACCACCUGGAACUGCAGCGAGUCUUCCCCCUCAAGGACUGUGGUCUGGAGAAGGUCUUCGGCCACAAAGGAGGGGAGGGGGGCCUUCUGAGUCUCUCGUUUCCUGACACCAAACUGUUGCUGAUGUCAUGUGACCAGAGCGACUUCAACCAUUGGUUCAGGGCCCUCAGCUCCGCCCUCCGGGACCUUCAGCCCAAAGAUCCUGUGCUCCAGUGUGAGAGCAGCGCCCCCUGCAGGAAGAGACAUGCGACUCCUGCAGCUGACAGCAGCAGUGACACCAAGAGGAGGAAGGAGGACACUGCAGCUCGCGCCUCCUCCUGUGUCCUCCUCUGA